CCGGUUCUGCCCGUGUGUGUCCUUUCAAGUCUGUGUGUAUAUAAAUUUGAAGGAAGAAGGGUGAAGAGGCACCGGCGGCGAUACGGCGCGGAUGUCAGUGUGCCGGUCCAAGCAAGGAGGGAUGGUCGUCUGGAAACGCGCAACUUUUCCCGCGAAACUCGUAAUUCUCCCGCGCUUUUCCCGCCACGUGGAUUUCUGAACGGUAACGAACUAUGACAAGUGAGAUGUUUUCGGACUGUGCGAACAGUUUGGGUGCGAAUGAACUUUUGACAUGAACUUAUGACUGUGUUGUGCAGUAAGUUUGUUUUUCUUCGCGCGCUUUGUGAAAAGACUGUGCGUACACAUGUGCUCAUCUCCCACCAAACUAGCCUGUUGGCUGGCGACGUUGCUGAGCGUUUUUGUAACAGGUGAGAUGCCGGUGGCGGCGCCGGCGCCGGAGUUCCUGCAGCCGCUGGAGAACCACACGGUGACGCAGGGCCGCGACGUGCACUUCACCUGCGUCGUCAACCACCUGUCCGACUACCGGGUAGCCUGGAUAAAGUCCGACUCGAAGGCGAUCCUGGCCAUCCACACGAGCAUGGUGGCGCUGAACCCGCGCCUGGCGGUCACCUACAACAACCACAACACGUGGAAGCUGCACGUGUACAACGUGCAGGCCAACGACUCCGGCACCUACAUGUGCCAGGUCAACACGCAGCCCAUGCAGAUGCAGAUGGGCCACCUCUCCGUGGUGAUACCCCCUGACAUCGUGGACACGGCCACGGAGGGCAGCUCGGCGCGGGAAGGGGGCAGCAUCAGGCUGACCUGCACGGCCACGGGGGUGCCCGCGCCGGCCGUCAUGUGGCGACGGGAGCACAACCGACCCAUCGUGUUUAGGCAUGAAGGCGGGAGGGAGAGGAAAGUGGUGGACUCCCACCGCGGGGAGACGCUGGAGCUGUCCCACGUGCAGCGCGCGGACAUGGGCAACUACUACUGCAUCGCCAGCAACGGGGUCCCGCCCAGCGUCAGCCGCCGGUACAGCGUGCAGGUGCACUUCCUACCACAGGUAAAAGUGACGAACCAGCUAGUGGGUGCGCCGCCGGGCAGCGACGUGGAGCUGCAGUGCUACAUCGAGGCCUCUCCUAAAGCCAUGAACUCCUGGUACCGGGAAGACGCUCUAGUCAGCGACAAGAUCCUCGAGAACCCCAAGUUCCGGAUCACCGAGAAGGCUCUGAACGCGUUCUCUCUGUGGAUGAACCUUACAAUCCGUGCGCUGGCACCAGGAGACUAUGGGACGUAUGUGUGCGCGUCGGUCAAUGCGCUCGGGAAGAUGGAGAGCCAAGUCAGCUUGCAUAGGCUAGAGUUGAGCAUGAACGGCUUCGGGGCAGAAGAGCCCAUGGUCUCCGGCGCGGCGUGGCAGCGGACCCGGUCUACUUCGUCCCGCGCGCGCCCCGCCUCGUCCCAGCUCACGCACCAUCUACCGCCGCCGCUCUAUGCUCUCCUGGUAGUUGUCGUCAGAUACUUCUAUACGUUCUAAAGUCUGAUUGUCUGUGUCUGUGCUGUAUGUUAUUCCUUGCCUUAGUGGAACUGUCAUGACUAUGUGGAUCUCAUGUUAUUUUGAAGUUUAACUUGUUAAAUUUUAAUGGGUUUCUAUGUAGCUAAUAUUA